AUGGCAUCUUCCGACACGGAGGUCCAGUCAGAGAUGGCCCAGCUCACAAUAGCCUCGCAUAUCGGGGUUGGUUGCGAUGCUGGCGCCCAGGUCGUCGUCUGCACCGUCGCAAAGCACGGCGAGCCGCCUUUCGAGGUCGUCGCUAAGAUAUAUGACGCGCUCUACUACCGCUUCAGCCACAGCAUAGCUUCGCGGCCGCGAGACGUCACGGCUGAGGCGGACAAGGACUACGCCACGGAGGCUGCUGCAUACAAGCAGCUAACCACCGCCGGUAAAGCAGGUCAAGCCACUCCGGCGUACUACGGAUCAUGGACAUUCGACGUCAAGCGGGGGCGGUCGAAUAUCCGGGGCUUGCGGAUCCGGACCAGUGACCCUUUUUGGGAUAGCCGGGACACCUUUCACCUUCCCGAGAAGUAUCGUCUUGAGGUACUCGCGCGCGCCAUGGAUGCCUAUGUGCGUGCAUUGCAUUGCGGCGUUGAGCAAAACGAUUUCGCCGAUCGUAACGUUAUGAUCAGUUCCAAGGAUACGAGCAUUACUACAGACAUCACCGGUACCGGCAUCCCUUGUGUUGUGGUCGUCGACUACAACACAGCGAUUUCCUACAGCUGUACGCUCGGCGGGAGAAGUACAGAGGAGAGUUCAGCUUUGCCUGUGAGCCCUGUGCAGUGGUUUUGGAAACAAGCGGUAGGCGGAGAUUUCCUUGGCUGGGUGCCGCCGGAGUGGGAGGCUGUUCGGAAGCCAAUGCAGGAGUGGCUUGUGCAGAGAUUUGGCAGUGAGGAACAGAGGGCGUUGUACGAACCAGUCGCCAAGGAACUUAUGGUUGAUGAAUGGUAA